AUGAAUGGCUACGCCGACCAGCACCUCUCGGAGGAGAACUUCGGCCCCGCGCCCAGCGUGCUGAAAUCCUUCGACGCGUUCCCCAAGACCAAGCCAACCUACCUCACGCGCACGCAAAACGGCGGCGCCUGGACGCUCGUCCUGAUAGCCACAUGUAGCUGGCUCGCCUUCACCGAGAUCUUGCGCUGGUGGGCCGGCACGACAACGCACACCUUCAGCGUGGAGAAGGGCAUCAGCCAUGACCUGCAGAUUAAUCUGGACAUUGUGGUCGCGAUGCGCUGCCAGGAUGUUCAUGUUAACGUGCAGGACGCGUCUGGCGACCGUAUAUUGGCGGGAGAUUUGCUGAAGAAGGAUCCGACGCAGUGGGGUGCGUGGGGGAAUUCGAGGGAGGUGCAUAAGCUUAAUCGCGCUGCGGAUCAGGGCCUUGAGGGACAGGAGGACGUGCAUGAUUAUCUAGGGGCUGCCAGUGGGAGGAGGAAGUUCUCGAAGACACCGAAGCUGAGGGGCAUGCCGGAUGCCUGUCGUGUAUAUGGGAGCCUCGAGGGGAACAAAGUACAGGGCGACUUCCAUAUCACGGCGAGAGGGCAUGGGUAUAUGGAGUUUGGGGAGCAUCUGAACCACAACUCCUUCAACUUCUCCCACACAAUCAACGAGCUCUCCUUCGGCCCCUUCUACCCCUCCCUGACCAACCCUCUCGACAGCACCCUCGCCACCACCGAGUCCCACUUCUACAAAUUCCAAUACUACCUCUCCGUCGUCCCCACAAUCUACACCGAGGCCCUCCACACCCUCCACUCCACGACCCCGCCGCCCCCCGGCUAUCCCUCAAAACACACAAUCUACACAAACCAGUACGCCGUCACGGAGCAGAGUCAUCCCGUCGGGGAGAGCCAGGUGCCGGGAAUUUUUGUCAAGUUCGACAUCGAGCCGAUACUGCUGACGAUUGCGGAGGAGAAGGGGGGUUUGUUGGCGCUGGUCGUGAGGCUGGUGAAUGUCGUGUCAGGGGUGCUGGUGGCGGGGGGGUGGUGUUACCAGCUUGUGGGGUGGGGCGGUGAGGUGUGGGGACGGCGGAGGAGACGGGAGAGCCUGGGAGUGUUGCAUGGGAGGGGGCCGAGUUUGGAUGAGAAGAGGUUUGAGUAG